CCCAUAUGCCGACAAAGUUGCGUGUGGAUGCCUGUAUAGGUAAUCAAGACUAUACUGAUGCUGUGGUUGUCAUUGUCGGAGCUGGCAUAUCAGGGAUGUGUAUGGCAAUUGACCUGAUCAAGCGCAAUCAGUGCCACAACUUUGUAAUCCUCGAGAAGAGCAGCGGGGUGGGCGGAACAUGGCGCGAUAACAAGUAUCCUGGAUGUUCUUGUGAUGUGGCGAGUGUUUUGUAUAGCUACUCGUUUGAGCAAUCCACCAGGUGGACACGGGAGUAUGCAAAUCAGGAAGAAAUACUGUACGGACUGUAUAGGUAUAUUCGCUUCAACUCCGCAGUCGAAGAAGCGAAAUGGGACGACCAGGAGAUGAAAUGGCACGUCAGCGUCAAGGUCUCUAGAGACAAGGAUAGCCAAUUCACCAGCUCUUACGUGCUCGACUCGGACUUCCUGAUCUCUGCUGUCGGGCAGUUAAAUAUCCCCCAAGCACCUGAUAUCCCCGGGUUGCAAGACUUCCGCGGCAAGGUCAUGCAUUCGGCGCGGUGGGAUUGCACCUAUGAUUUCAGCGGGAAGCGGGUUGCUAUUAUUGGAAACAGUGGCGCGACGUCUGCCCAGGUCGUCCCCGAGGUAGCCCAGGUUGCGUCGCAUCUUACGGUAUUCCAGCGCACGCCAAACUGGGUGAUACCCCGUCAUGACACGCGCAUAUCUGCCUUCCAACAGGCACUGCUGACAUACAUCCCUCCGUUACGGAUGCGAAAACGCGCCCUGAACAUGGACUUUCGCGAGAGCUUUUAUGCCGCAGUCAGUGACUCGGCGUCCGGUUUCGCAGAACAGAUCCGCCACUGGUGCAGCCAAGGCAUGCAGGCCCACCUAUCAAACAAACCGCAACUGUGGGCGAAGCUCACUCCAGACUACGCCCCGGGAUACAAGAGGGUGAUCAUUGCUGAUGAUUACUAUCCUGCUCUUGCGCGGGAAAAUGUGGACUUGGAAACUCGCCGGAUUUCCCGCAUCACCAACACCGGCAUUGAGGUGGAGGAGGGUGUUCUGCAAGAAUAUGAUUUUAUUAUCUUGGCCACAGGAUUCAAGACCGUGGAGUUUCUGUAUCCAAUCCGAAUUCACGGCUCUCAGGGUAGACCUCUUUCUGAGAUCUGGCGCGAGGGUCCCUCCGCAUUCAAGGGUGUCACUGUCGAAGAUCUGCCCAACUUUGGUAUGGUUUACGGACCGAAUACAAGCCUUGGACACAAUUCAAUCAUCCUCAUGAUUGAGGCGCAGUCCCGAUACUUGAGUGCCUUGGUUGGCGAAGUGUUGCGCGCGCGUCUGCAAGGGAAAACUUUGGUAAUCAAGCCAAAGCCUAGCGCAUCUGCGGAGUACAACCAUAAACUCCAGGAGAUGCUAACCAGGACGAGCUUUGCGGAUUCUCGCUGCCGCAGUUGGUAUAAGACGGAGCAGGGCAAGAUCACCAGUAAUUGGUCCGGCACUGUCGUUGACUACCAGCGCCAAAUGUCUCAAGUAAGCUGGACUGAUUAUGAGGUAGACGGCACCGCAAAGGACGCCAUAAAGUCCCGGAAGGUAACUCAUUUAGGGCGAGUCCGCGAGGAGUCCUCUGGGAGCUAUACCUCCUUGCUCUUGACGUCUGCAUGCGUACUAGCUGUUAUGGGCGGACUACUUCUCAGGGGGUCGAGUUUGCUGCGAGCUCAUUAA